GCCAGGAGCUGGAGCGGGAGGUAGGCGGGGCGGCGCGUGACCUAAGGCCUCUCUGCCGCGCGCGCAGGUACGGGGCCGAAGUCGCAGGUACCCAGCUGCUGCCCACCUUUUUGGUCCAGAGUCCCGAACCCCGAGCACUGGGAUGCCUGGCUACUCCGGUGGGUGGGCGGCGCUCGGAGCGCGGGGAUACCGAGGGGCGGGCCCCCAGCUUAGAGCGUGACCCGACCCCGCCUGAUCCUUAGGCCUUCGCCCACCAUUUCCCAGUCCCCUAGAGCUGGGGCCAGACACCGCACAGCCCUAGUGCUGUUAUCAGUCGCUGCCUGCGCCCCGGGGGCUGUGCCCAGCAGCUUCCUGGCCCUUUUCCAGCCAUUAGCGUCCGUUUUCCAGCCCUGCUGCCCCACUGAGGCCCCUUCCCACAGCACUAUCACCAGCCCCUGCCCCGGGUUGUUACUAUUACUUCCCAGGCUACCAGAUCCUUUUCUGCUCACGUUCCGACGUCUGUCCCUAAGCCAGGGCCAUUAUUGGUCUCUUCUGGACCUUUCAGAGAUAAGAGAGGACCUCGGUAGUGUAGGGCCCAGUCCUCUGGGAACAAGGGAUGGGGAGUGUUAGGCUGCUGUCCUUGGUUCCAGUAACAGAGAUACCCCCUCCACAGGCACCCAAAUAUGCUCCAUAGAAUACAAUGAGUGUGGUCCUGUGGAGGCCCAAUCCAAAAUAUCUAGAGCUUAGAAGAGAUAGAGAUUUUACAGGCCGUCAAAUAUUCAAUGGGGGUCGUCUCUAGAGACUUUUAACAAACUGUAUUAUGUACCCACAGAUUGCAGAAUGGUGAGCAAGCAUUUGAGACCAUGUUGCUAAAGCAUUAAGCUUGGAGAAAGUGACAGUAAGAAUUAGACAAUAGUUUUGAAGUGACCAAGAGGUUGUCACAUGGAAGAAUUAGACCUUGUUUUGUGUUUUCCUGCAGAGCGUUAUCCAGACUAGCGAGUGGGAGGCAGAUGUAAAAUCUGGAACGCAGAUUUUAGUUUGUUGGAAGGAGAAAUGUAACAUAGUGAACCACGUAUCUCUGGAGGGUGUAAAGCAGAGACAGCCAAGAGCCAAGGCACUGAUGUUUGAACUGGAAACUUCAAAACUUUUAAUAAGAGUCUUCAGGAUGGGUUUGAACUAGACAAGCUAGAAAUUUCUUUAGAACACCAGCUCUAGCAUACAUCUCCCACUUUUGGCUUUCCUGGACAGGAGCUUGAAGAGGUGGUUCUGCAGACAGCCACAGUGAUACUCAGGAAACCAGAGGAAUGGAUUUGACUUUUCUACUAGGAUUCUCUGUUAUAGUUUCUCCCUGAGUUGUAAGAGGCAUGGAAAUAUACAUGAAACUGAAGAACCUGCAAGGAAGGGAAGUGGAACUUUCCAUGCUGAGUGAAAACUAACCAAGUGGCGGUUGUGACUGAAAACACUGAAACCCACCACGUCCAGAUUCACUGGAUUGGGGGAUAGAGGAACGGUCACAGCUAGGGAGAAAGCAGUGAUACCGGAAAAGAAAAGCUAAAUGAAGAGAAUGAGGAUGACUGCACAGUAGAUGGCCACCUCUACCUCCACAGAGACAAAGUCAGCCUCGUGAGCAGCUGAAUCAAGCACGUGAGCCAUCGCUCUCCAAAGCUAACGUGUUGGAACCUUGCAAGCCUCUCCCAAUGUUUGAAUGAGUCUGGCAUUGCUGGGAGAUUGUAGAAAAGAUAGCCACAGCCUGAUCAUGCAGCCAGCUUUGAUGAUAAUGUGAAUAUUGUAGUCUUCAAUUUGCAGAGAUGAGGUGGAAUUAUUUUUUUCUUUAUGAUGGUUCCAAGGUAAAGGAAGAAGGCGAUCCAACAAGAGCUGGCAUUUGUUACUUUUAUCCUUCCCAGACCCUGCUAGACCAACAGGAGUUGCUUUGUGGACAGAUUGCUGGAGUUGUCCGCUGUGUUUCUGACAUUUCUGACUCUCCUCCUACUCUUGUUCGUCUGAGAAAACUGAAGUUUGCUAUAAAAGUUGAUGGAGAUUACCUUUGGGUGCUGGGCUGUGCUGUGGAGCUCCCUGAUGUCAGCUGCAAGCGGUUUCUGGAUCAGCUAAUUGGAUUCUUUAAUUUUUACAAUGGACCUGUUUCCCUAGCUUAUGAGAACUGUUCUCAGGAAGAACUGAGCACGGAGUGGGACACCUUCAUCGAGCAAAUUCUGAAAAACACCAGUGAUCUGCAUAAGAUUUUCAAUUCCCUCUGGAACUUGGACCAAACUAAAGUGGAGCCCCUGUUGUUGCUGAAGGCAGCCCGCAUUCUGCAGACCUGCCAGCGCUCGCCUCACAUUCUCGCUGGCUGCAUCCUCUAUAAAGGACUGAUUGUCAGCACCCAACUCCCGCCAUCCCUCACCGCCAAGGUCCUGCUUCACCGAACAGCACGUCAGGAGCAGAGACUCCCUACGGGAGGGGAUGCCCCGCAGGAACAUGGAGCGGCAUUGCCCCUGAAUGUCCAGAUUAUCCCUGUUUUUGUGACCAAAGAGGAAGCCAUUAGUCUCCACGAGUUCCCGGUGGAACAGAUGACAAGGUCUCUAGCAUCUCCAGCAGGACUCCAGGAUGGUUCAGCCCAGCACCAUCCAAAGGGUGGGACCACAUCUGCCCUGAAAGAAAACGCCACUGGCCAUGUGGAAUCCAUGGCCUGGACCACCCCAGAUCCCACAUCCCCUGACAAAGCUUGUCCAGAUGGCAGGAAGGAGAACGGAUGCUUGUCUGGCCGUGAUCUGGAGAGCAUCAGGCCCGCAGGACUGCACAACUCUGCCAGGGGUGAGGUUCUUGGCCUCAGCUCCUCCCUGGGGAAGGAACUAGUCUUUCUCCAAGAAGAACUCGACUUGUCUGAAAUCCACAUUCCAGAGGCUCAGGAAGUGGAAACGGCCUCAGGUCAUUUUGCCUUCCUACAUGUGCCUGUUCCAGAUGGCAGGGCUCCUUACUGCAAGGCAUCUCUCAGCGCCUCCAGCAGCCUGGAACCCACGCCUCCUGAGGACACAGCCGUCAGCAGCCUGCGCCCUCCCUCUGCUCCUGAGAUGCUGACCCAGCAUGGAGCCCAAGAGCAGCUCGAAGACCAUCCUGGCCAUAGCAGCCAAGCCACCAUUCCCAGAGCAGACCCUCUCCCCAGAAGGACCCGCAGGCCCUUGUUAUUGCCUCGCUUAGAUCCAGGGCAGAGAGGAAACAAGCUUCCCACGGGGGAACAAGGCCUGGAUGAGGAUGUUGAUGGGGUCUGUGAAAGCCACGCAGCCCCUGGUCUGGAAUGCAGUUCAGGCUCAGCAAACUGUCAGGGUGCUGGCCCCUCUGCAGAUGGAAUCAGCUCCAGGCUGACACCAGCAGAGUCCUGCAUGGGGCUCGUGAGGAUGAAUCUCUACACUCACUGCGUCAAAGGGCUGGUGCUGUCCCUGCUGGCUGAGGAGCCGCUACUGGGAGACAGCGCAGCCAUAGAGGAAGUGUACCACAGCAGCCUGGCUUCGCUGAAUGGGCUGGAAGUCCACCUGAAAGAGACGCUGCCCAGGGAUGAGGCAGCCUCCACGAGCAGCACCUACAACUUCACACAUUAUGACCGCAUUCAGAGCUUGCUGAUGGCAAACCUGCCGCAGGUGGCCACCCCGCAGGAUCGCCGCUUCCUCCAGGCCGUCAGCCUGAUGCAUAGCGAAUUUGCCCAGCUGCCCGCGCUUUAUGAAAUGACUGUCAGAAAUGCCUCCACGGCUGUGUAUGCCUGUUGCAACCCCAUCCAGGAGACAUAUUUCCAGCAGCUGGCACCUGCAGCACGGAGCUCUGGCUUCCCAAACCCUCAGGAUGGCGCCUUCAGCCUCUCCGGCAAAGCGAAGCAGAAGCUGCUGAAGCACGGGGUGAACUUGCUCUGAACUGCACCCAGGAGGUGACUGGGAAGGAGAAAACCAGCAAAGGAAGCUCUGCCUUUUAUAAUUGAAAAGGCCCCUCUAUUUUAUUUUUCUUGAAAACAUUCCCUUUUUUAGGAACAUAAUGAUAUUUGAGUUUUUGUUAUUCCUUUUGCAGAUUGGGAUGUGUUUUGGGGGCAGGGGUUAGUUCUUCAGGUCGGCAGACCCAGAGCACUUGAUAAAGAACUGUAUUUAAUCGGUGGUGUUGGGGCCGGGACGGGCUUGGCUCCCUCUCUGCCAUACUGAGCCUGAGGUAUUUCAUAUCUCCUGCUGCUGUUCCAUCCCAGCUUGAAUUGGUGCCACAAGCUUCCAAGUUGGCAUUUUUUCUAGAACCUGAUCGUCCACUAGCCCAGAGUGUGUGUGUUCAACCCCCACACCAGGUGGUGGUAGGCGGUGUGACUGCACAGCGAGGUGCCGGAUCUGUGAGCAGGCGGACUCCACGCCCACGCCGCAGGUAGGUUUCUCCAGUGCGCUCUUGCUGGGAGGUCCGGAUCGUUCCUGCAGGGAAGCGGCAGCACACGGAGACCACUUGGUUGAAUUCUGUUGGAACUCUACUCAAAUCUAGGGGCGUCUUCUUUGGACCCACAAUGGGGGCAAGCCUUAAUAAUAUGGAAGGGAGUUUGGGCUUUAGAGAUCCCUUUAUAAAAGCCCUGGGGGCUGAGCCCUGAGAAUUCAGUGACAACAGGACCAACCUGCGCUGCCUUUGACUACAAGUGGGCCGUGCAGCUGGUUCCUCUCGAGCGAGUGUCCCUAAAUAGGAGUUUACAAGAUGUCUGGGGGUAAAAGCAACUGUGCUUUUCAGUGGUGGCUGCGUGAAAGGGAAUGACAUUCAGUUGUGUGUUCCUGGGCUUGUGUGGUACUUAAAACCUCAGUUCUAUUACAUUAUAGUCAGACUUUUUUUUGACAGUAUGAGACAGAUUGCAGGAUGAAAAUAUUUGUCAAAAUCUUAACUGAAUGUUUACUGGAAGUACUUGAGAUUCCAUUUGAGAGUUGUAUUGUUAAUAAUUUCAUGUCAGUGAACUGAUAUCUGAUGUUUAUGAUAUGGUGUCUUUUUCUUGAAACAAGCUUCCAAGGGCUAGAAAUAAAAUAGCCAAAAAAUGCUAGAGUUCUGAGUAAUUAAAUGGCAGCAUUUUUUGUGACAAAGGUAAGGGUUAAGACAGUGUAUGUGUGUGUGUGUGUGUGUGUGUGCACGCACACGCGUAACGUGGGCGCAUCCCUCUUUUCCUUCCCUGGGUUCAGUGUGGCUGGGUAAGGACCGUCUGUUUGUAGGGGUGCCAGGCUGCAGCCUGCUGCUCCAGGGAGCACCAGCUGCAGCUGAUCCAAUACACCAAGCCUGUGUCUCCCUCUUCUAUCACCUCUCUCCAGGAUCUCUGCUGUCUCUUGGAUCCCAUCUGCCUAGAUGGAAGAGGAUCCUAUCCGAAGCUAGGAUAAAUGUUGUCUUACUCCUCUGCUAUGUUCUCCCAGAAAAAAUUGAUUACAAGUUAAGUUCUCUGCUGUGGUUGCUGCAGCUCCAGGAAGCCCCCGCAAUGUCUCACGUUGCCUUUGACCAGUGGUCCCCAGUACCAGGCCAGAGAAGACAACUUUAUAAUGUCAUUUGUGUUGUGAAAAUUCUUCCACUGACCCAAAAUGGAACCGUACAAAGCCUAUCCGUGUAUAUGGAAAAGUCUCAUGCACCUGGAUUAACUCAGGAAAAGUAAAGUCCUGAAACUUCA